AUGGUCAGAAAGCCUGUGGCAUCCGCCAUCUCCAAUGGGGGUUACCUGCAGGGCAGUGUUAACGCGAGGCUGUCUUCCCUGGGCGGCAAGGAGCCACCUGGGCAGGAGAAAGUUGUGCUGAAGAGGAAAAUCAGCCUGUUGAGAGGGAUCUCCAUCAUCAUCGGCACCAUCAUCGGAGCAGGAAUCUUCAUCUCUCCGAAGGGCGUGCUCCAGAACACGGGCAGCGUGGGCUUGUCCCUGGUGGUCUGGACGGUCUGCGGGGUCCUGUCACUGUUUGGAGCCUUGUCCUAUGCUGAACUGGGAACAACUAUAAGGAAAUCUGGUGGUCAUUACACAUACAUUCUGGAAGUCUUUGGCCCAUUACCAGCUUUUGUGCGAGUCUGGGUAGAACUGCUCAUUAUACGCCCUGCAGCCACUGCUGUGAUAUCUCUGGCCUUUGGACGGUACCUUCUGGAACCAUUUUUCAUUCAGUGUGAAAUUCCUGAACUUGCAGUCAAGCUCAUUACAGCUGUGGGCAUAACAAUGGUGAUGGUCCUAAAUAGCAUGAGUGUCAGCUGGAGCGCCCGGAUCCAGAUUUUCCUAACCUUUUGCAAGCUCACAGCAAUUCUGAUCAUUAUAGUCCCUGGAGUGAUGCAGCUAAUUAAAGGGCAAACACAACACUUUAAAGAUGCCUUUUCCGGAAGAGAUGCAAGUAUUAUGGGAUUGCCACUGGCUUUUUAUUAUGGAAUGUAUGCAUACGCUGGCUGGUUUUAUCUCAACUUUGUUACUGAGGAAGUGGAAAAUCCUGAAAAAACCAUCCCCCUUGCGAUAUGUAUAUCCAUGGCGGUCGUCACAGUUGGCUAUGUGCUAACAAAUGUGGCCUACUUUACGACCAUUAGUGCCCAGGAGCUGUUGCUUUCAAAGGCAGUGGCAGUGACGUUUUCUGAGCGGCUCCUGGGAAAUUUCUCAGUAGCAGUUCCAAUCUUUGUUGCCCUCUCCUGCUUUGGUUCCAUGAAUGGUGGUGUGUUUGCUGUCUCCAGGUUAUUCUAUGUUGCAUCUCGGGAGGGUCACCUUCCGGAAAUCCUCUCCAUGAUUCACAUCCGCAAGCAUACUCCUGUAGCAGCUGUUAUUGUUUUGCACCCUUUGACAAUGAUAAUGCUCUUCUCUGGGGACCUCUACAGUCUUCUGAAUUUCCUCAGUUUUGCCAGGUGGCUUUUUAUUGGGCUGGCGGUUGCUGGGCUGAUUUAUCUUCGAUACAAACACCCAGAUAUGCAUCGUCCUUUCAAGGUGCCGCUCUUCAUCCCAGCUUUGUUUUCCUUCACGUGUCUCUUCAUGGUCGCCCUUUCCCUUUAUUCAGACCCAUUUAGUACAGGGAUUGGCUUCAUCAUCACUCUGACCGGGGUCCCUGCCUACUAUCUCUUUAUUAUAUGGGACAAGAAACCCAGGUGGUUUAGAAGAAUGUCAGACAUUACAACCAGAACAUUACAAAUAAUACUGGAAGUUGUACCAGAAGAAGAUUGUCAUAAAUUAUAA